UACACUAAAUUAUAAUAAAAUAUUAGAAAAGAGUAUAGUGUACAUAGUGUAGUUAAAUAUUGCCCCUGACUUUAAAAUGUCCAACAAUAUCUAUUAAGUGCUUCUCCUUCUCUUUUCUUUAAAUUUAAAGCGAUUAAAAAGAGGUUAUUAACAAAAUCAUGAAAGUUUUUACUUUAAUCUUCACAUUCUCCAUAAUUGUUGAUUUGUUGCAAGCAACACCAACUUUGAUCACUCGACAUACAAUUCAAACCAACCAAUCUUCCACGCUUAACAGUGUCGAGGGAGAAGGUUGCAAUUACAAGAUCACCAUAGAGACAAGUUGCUAUUCUCCACCAUCUACAACCGAUCAAAUCGAUUUGUUAUUUGCAGACGCUCAUGGCACUGAGGUUCUUGUUCCAAGAUUGGAUAGUAUUGCUUCUGGGAUGUUCGAUCAAUGCACGACAAGUAUAUUUAACAUAACAGCAAAAGUUUGUAUCGAUAAAAUCUGCAAAGUGUUUGUAUAUAGACGUGGAUCAAAUGGUUGGAUACCAAAGACUAUUACUGUAAAUGACUAUAUGCACCCUCCUCUCGCAGUUUACCUCAACGCUUCUAUUCCUAAUGAUGGUCUUGGCUAUGGCCGCAACUUGUGUAAGCUUCCUUCUAAUAAGUGAUUUAUGCACUACUUAAAUAAGAGACUAAGAAAUAUUUAAUGAUAGUAUUCAAUAUUUCUUUUUGCGUUGUUCUUACAUCAAUAUGCUAUUAGAUCUUCCCUAAUAUUUAUUUGCAUUUUCUA